AUGGAAAUUCUACGGAUCCUUAAAGUCUACGAAGUCUCCUCUGGUCAACAGCUUAAUUGUCACAAAACCUCCUUAUUUUUCAGCCCAAACUCAGACAACGGAACCAAAGAAAGGGUGAAAAUGAUGUUUGGAGCUCAGGUUAUUAAACCUCAUGAAGCAUACCUAAGUCUGCCAUCACUUGUGGGAAGAUCCAAGAAUAAUACUUUUGCCCAACUUAAACAGAGAGUGGCUAAUAAGGUCUCGGGUUGGAAGGAAAAGAUUUUGACGCCUGCUAGGAAGGAAGUUCUGAUUAAGUCCGUAGCUCAAGCCGUCCCCUCAUAUACAAUGAGUUGUUUCCUGCUGCCUAAGAAUCUAUGUGAUGAACUGACUAGGGUGAUUAGACAAUUCUGGUGGGGACAGAUUGGGAAUGAGAAGAAAAUAGCAUGGCUGAUCUGGGAUUUGAUGUGCAAGCCUAAAGACACAGGAGGUUUGGGAUUUCGGGAGCUAAGAAGUUUCAAUUUGGCGCUCUUGGCCAAACAGGGAUGGAGGCUUCAAACAAACUCCAAUUCCCUAUUUAGCCAAGUGUACAAGGCCAAAUACUUCCCACAUUGCAGCUUUGCAGAGGCAAAAAUAGGUUGA